GGUUUAGGGUUUAUCGUCUAGUAGCGAGGGAAUGGCGACCGCUGCUGCAGCCGCCGCGGGAGGAAUCAGUCUCGUCCUGGGAAAUGCCGGCUGCGGGAGGAGGGAUUCGGCAGUGGCGAUGCAGCGCCGGAUCAUCUCGUCGGCUUUGAGGCUCCAGCGGGGGAAGAUUGUGGCGUCGCCCAGGGCAAGACAUGCGAUUGCGGCUGUUUCGACUGAGGUGCAAGCUGAGGCCGCCGGUGCCGAGCCAGAAGAGGGGCUCAACAUCGCGGAAGAUGUGACGCAGCUUAUCGGAAAGACGCCGAUGGUUUAUUUGAACAGCGUUGUCGAUGGCUGUGUUGCCAACAUCGCUGCGAAGCUGGAAAUCAUGGAGCCGUGCUGCAGCGUCAAAGAUCGGAUCGGAUAUAGCAUGAUCUCUGAUGCUGAGGAGAAGGGGGCCAUAACUCCUGGCAAGAGUGUUCUGGUUGAACCUACGAGUGGUAAUACUGGAAUCGGACUGGCCUUCAUUGCCGCGGCGAAAAACUAUAAGCUGAUCCUAACAAUGCCUGCAUCCAUGAGUCUCGAGAGGCGCAUUCUACUAAAGGCCUUUGGUGCCGAGCUUGUCCUCACCGAUCCCGCGAAAGGCAUGAAAGGAGCAGUACAGAAAGCCGAGGAGAUAUUGAAGAAGACUCCAAAUUCUUACAUGCUCCAACAAUUUGAAAACCCCGCAAAUCCCAAGGUGCAUUUUGAAACCACUGGACCUGAAAUCUGGGAAGACACACGAGGCAAAGUUGACAUUCUUGUAGCUGGAAUAGGAACUGGCGGUACCGUGACUGGUGCUGGACGGUUCCUCAAAAAGAAAAAUCCGAACAUCAAGAUUUACGGUGUUGAGCCCACAGAGAGUAACGUGCUCUCCGGCGGAAAGCCAGGUCCGCAUAAGAUUCAGGGUAUUGGUGCGGGAUUCAUUCCAAGCAUUCUAGACGUAGAAAUCCUUGACGAAGUCAUUCAGGUUUCAAGUAACGAUUCUGUAGAAAUGGCAAAGCAGCUGGCGUUGAAGGAAGGCCUGCUGGUGGGAAUCUCGUCAGGAGCUGCUGUGUGUGCCGCCAUUCAGGUGGCAAAGCGACCAGAGAAUGCAAACAAGCUGAUCUGUGUGGUUCUUCCUAGCUUCGGCGAGCGCUACUUAUCGUCCGUUCUGUUUCAAUCUAUCAGAGAAGAGUCCGAAAAAAUGCAACCAGAAGCUUGAGGUCUUUGUUGUUCAUUUUUUGUUUCAUCAAGUGAAUAUGAAGGUGCGUUUGUAGUCUUGUA